GUUUCUCAUGUCUUGCUGUAAUGUUCUAGGUCUAAUUAGACCGUAUUUAAAUUAGAUAUAUUUAUUAAAAAUAAUUAAAUUAAUUAGUCUUUGUUUGAUCUUCAGACAAUGUUCAAUGAGGUUAGUAGUAAUUAAUCGUGAGAGUUUUUUUAAAUCCAGCCAAGUGUCAGUGAUGUGAUUUGCGUUUUACAUAGUGAUAUUUUUUGUUACUGAAUAAAUUUAUUUUUGGUUGAUAAAUAAUUAUUUUUAUUUAGCUAUAAUGGAAAAUAAUGUGAAAUUAAAUCGUGUUACUGCUAGUGAUGUGUCUAUUAGUCAAAUAUUCAAAAGUUCAUUCGCCAGAUCUUUUGUUUCAUCUUAUCAUGAUAAUAAAAUUUUGGAUAUGGAUAAUUUAAACGAUAGUUUUAAUAUUUCAUCAUUGAGUGUUGAUAAUUUUUUGGAUAAUUUUCAAAAGAAGCAUUCUGGAGAUAAUAACAGUAAUAAUGAUAUAUCAAAUAAUAUAGAACCCGAAGAAUUGAAUAACCUCCGUAAGCAAUGCCAGGUGUUGAGUGAAGAAAAUAAACGGCUGCAAAAUGCACUUGCUCAUCAAGAAACUUCACAGUUUGAUUCGGCUUUUCUGCAGAGUCAGGUUGAUACACUUAAGUGGCAAUUAAAACAGACUGAAUCAAGCCGACAGAUGUACAGAUCAUUGAUGAAACAAGUGAUAAGUUUCCUAGAACGGGCGCAUAAAAGUCUGGACAUACUUCACGCGAGCAACAGCAGCAGCCAGCGAAGUAAAAGCUCGUCACGUAAUAGCCGUAGUCAGACUAUUUACCCGGAGGAUUCAUUAGUGAUCACGUCAAGGAGAUCAACGAGUCCUACUUCAAGUAAAUUUACUCGCACUAAAUCAGUAACACAGAUUUCAGCAGCGCAUGCUUCUGGUUACCGCGAUUUUACUUGGUCUGUAUUGAGACGUAAUGACCCUUCACAUUCGCCAUCACCAUCAUCAUCAUCGUCAAGAACUUUUAAUAAAACACCAGAUCAUCGUCCAACGCAAUUGAGUUUUAAUACAUCAGAUGGUAGCAUUUUGAAAUCAGCUAACAGCGAUUCUGUUGAGAAAAUUGAAAGUGAUCACAUACCACCGGAGAAAUUAUCUCAGGAAGCAUUUAGGUUGUUAAGAACAGCUGAGUCACUGUUAGCGAUGCGAGAACCUGAUUUAUCAUUCUCUUCAUCGUCAUCAGGAACUUCAUCGUCAUCGUCAACGUCAGCUGUCACCGCUGAUGAUGAAAACACCUCUGCCUCCGUUAUAAUUGAAUUCGGCAGCACCCAAACUCCUGACGGAAGUAAAUCGACCAAUUCUAAUAAUCUUGAUGAUUUAUCUAGAAUCGAGGACUGCUCAGCAAUUAAUGACCGCGACUCGGACAACAGACUCAGUAGCUUCCACAAGGAAGGGAACUUGGACAUGUCUGCCAGCAGUGCGAGCACUCUGCAACCAUUUUUUUCUCACAAUAAUUUCGAUAGCGCUUCAUUAAACUCGUCAAGUAGUAAAGCUGAAGAAGAGGAACGUCAUAGUAUUAGUUUCAAUGUCAAUAGUAAUAGUAACAAUAUUAAUGAGCAUUGCGGGCGCACCAUCAGUGAAAUCAAACAAUGCACUUCAACGCCAAAUUCGACAAUCAGCAGAAAAACAAACAGAUACAAAACAAUUAUAGCAGAGACAAAGAAUCAGCGAGACUUGGGAUUAAAAGAGAAACCUACGAGCGUUAGCAGCGCAGAAGAUGAAAGUGGUUUCUCUUCAAUGAAUUCUUUUCACGAUGUUGGUCUUCCCCAGGCGCCAAUUACACCAGUUAAACAAACUGGAUGCCACACAGAAAUAGGUUUACCUGACAUACCCCUAGACAGAGUUAAUCACCGCAGGUGGUCAUCAACUCCCGCCGAAAUUCAAGCAAUGUUCCGACGUUACAAAAAUACAUAUUUAUCUAAUCCAUCAUCUACUGCCGAGACUCUCAGUGUCUGGGUCUAGACAUCCAGGGUCCAGACCGCGGACUUUGUCGAAAUUUCAUAAUUAGUGAUUGUAAAUAAUUUAAAAAUGUUUCUGCAUGUUCACGUGAUUUAAAAUAAAUUAUAUAUGUAUCAGUA